CCGGCCCGGCCGCCGCUUCGGCCCUCCCUGCGCCAUCUCCACCAGGGAAGGGGGCGCGCCCAGUGGCGCAGCGGGCCUCGGACGCCCCCGGCCCCGCACCGGACAGCAGCGCACCAGGGGACCGGUUGCUGUCCUGCCCCAUCAUGUCGCGCCGAAGCCAGCGCCUCACCCGCUACUCGCAGGGUGGCGACGAUGGUGACAACAGCAGCAGCAGCGGGGGCAGCUCAGCGACCGGAAGCCAGAGCACGCUGUACAAGGACAGUCCUUUCAGAAGCUUGAAGAAGAAGUCCAGCAGCAGUGGCACCAAGCGCUUGUCCCCAGCGCCACAGCUGGGCCCAGCCUCCGACACGCACACCUCCUACUACAGCGAGUCCGUGGUGCGAGAGUCCUACAUAGGCAGCCCUCGGGCCGCAUCCCUGGCCAGGAGUGCACUCCUUGACAGCCACCUGCGCAGCGAGCCCUACUGGAGUGAGGACCUGCGGGUGAGGAGGCGGCGAGGCACAGGGGGCACAGACAGCAGUAAGGUCAAUGGGCUGUCCGAAGGUGCCGCUGCCGUCUCGGAGGACUUCCUGGGCUCGUCCUCCGGCUACUCCUCCGAGGAUGACUUCAUGGGCUACUCAGACACGGACCCACGCAGCUCCAGUUCACGGCUGAGGGGCGCCGUCUCCGGCGUGGGUUCAUUCCUGUGGUCGGUGCUCACCUCCCCAGGCCGGCUGCUGGGACUCCUCUAUUGGUGGAUCGGGACCACAUGGUACCGCCUGACCACAGCCGCCUCACUCCUCGAUGUCUUCGUUUUAACCAGGCGCUUCUCGUCCCUGAAGACAUUCCUCUGGUUCCUGUUGUUGCUGCUGUUCCUAACCGGCCUGACCUACGGUGCUUGGUAUUUCUACCCUUACGGGCUGCAGACAGUCCACCCCGCCGUGGUCUCCUGGUGGGCAGCGAAGGACAGCAGACGGCAGCAAGAGGUGUGGGAGUCCAGAGACACUGCCGCCCAUUCCCAGGCGGAGCAGCGCCUGCUCUCCCACGUGCACUCGCUGGAGCGGCGCCUGGAGGCACUGGCAGCGGAGUUCUCCUCCACCUGGCAGAAGGAAGCCAUGAGGCUGGAACGCCUGGAGCUGCGGCAGGGGGCAGCCAGCCAGGGCAGUGAUAGUGGUGGUGGUGGCCUGAGCCAGGAAGACACCCUGGCGCUCCUGGACGGACUGGUGAGCCGGCGCGAGGCCACCCUCAAGGAAGACCUGCGCAGGGACACCAUGGCCCGCAUGCAGGAAGAGCUGGCUACCCUGCGAGCUGAGCAUCACCGUGAUGUGGAGGACCUCUUCCACAAGAUUGUGAAGGCUGCCCAGGAGUCCGAGGAUCGUGUCCAGGAGCUGAAAGCUGAAUGGCAAAGGAGCAAGACAGCCCAAGAAGUCUUGCGGGAGAGCUCGGUGAAGGAGCUGGGGCGGCUGGAGGGCCAGCUGGCUACCCUGCAGCACGAGCUGGCAGCCUUGGCCCUGAAGCAGAGCUCAGUGGAGGACCAAGUGGGUCUGCUGCCUCAGAAGAUCCAAGCCGUGCGGGAUGAAGUGGAAUCGCAGGCCCCUGCCUGGAUUACCGAGUUCCUUCAAGGAGGUGGGGCCACCCGCAGCGGGCUCCUGGAGCGGGAGGAGCUACAGGCUCAGCUACGAGAGCUGGAGGGCAAGAUCCUGGCCCACAUGACUGAGACGCAGGGCAAGUCGGCCCGGGAGGCUGCAGCCUCGCUCAGUCUGACGCUGCAGAAAGAAGGUGUGAUUGGGGUGACGGAGGAGCAGGUGCAUCGGAUUGUGAAGCAGGCCCUGCAGCGCUACAGCGAGGACCGCAUCGGGAUGGUGGACUAUGCCCUGGAGUCUGGAGGUGCCAGUGUUAUUAGCACCCGAUGUUCAGAGACCUAUGAGACCAAGACGGCGCUGCUCAGCCUCUUCGGCAUCCCGCUGUGGUACCACUCCCAGUCGCCCCGUGUCAUCCUCCAGCCAGAUGUGCACCCAGGCAACUGCUGGGCCUUCCAGGGGCCCCAGGGCUUCGCCGUUGUGCGCCUCUCGGCCCGCAUCCGCCCCACAGCUGUCACCUUAGAGCACGUGCCCAAGGCCUUGUCACCCAACAGCACCAUCUCCAGCGCCCCCAAGGACUUUGCUGUUUUUGGGUUUGAUGAAGACCUGCAGCAGGAGGGGACACUUCUCGGCAAGUUCACCUAUGACCAGGAUGGAGAACCCAUCCAGACAUUCUACUUCCAGGCCCCUCCAGUGGCCUCGUACCAGGUGGUGGAGCUGCGCAUCCUGACCAACUGGGGCCACCCCGAGUACACCUGCAUCUACCGCUUCAGGGUACACGGGGAGCCCGCCCACUAGACACCAGCUUCGUGCCCGUGGUGUCACCAGGAGGCCUGCCACACCCUGGCAGGGAGUGCGGCCCCCAUCACGCACAUGCUUGACCAGCACCCCGACUUCCAGGGGCAGCACGGAGGAGGCCCCAGCCCCGCAGGGAUGCACAGAACACGCACGCAGGUGGCUGGAGGCAGCUGGCAACCGCUGUCUCUUCAUUCUUCCUCCUCUGUAGCAGGACACCAAGGGGUGUACAUAUGUAGUAGAGCCUGGGGACCUGGGAGGCAGGGAGAGGUUGGUCCCAGCUGCCCUUGCCUAAGGCGAAGGGGCCAGCACUAGGUGUAUGGCUGAAACAGGUGCCAAAGCUGGGUGAGUGGUACUGCCAUGCACACCUGCACCCGGCAGUCCAGCAGGACCACCUGGCAUGAGGCUGGUGCCUAUGGUCCCCCGAGGGGCUUCUCAGAAGCCUGUUUUUGUGCCAAGUCAGGAUGGCCCAGGGGUGGCCUCACACCCUGGAGGGGCCCAGUCCCAUGCUUCUUGCAGCCGUGUGUGCCUGUGAGCGGCUCCAGCCAGCAGCAGAGGCCCCUCUGUUGGUGACAGCAAUUGCUUCUCUUCCCCCAUGCUGUUUCCCAUCCCCCCUGGCACAUGCUCCUGCCCUGAGCCAAGUACCCACCAGCACUGGAAUACUGAACCCCACCUGCCCUAGCUGGG